ACUGAUUUAUACCAAUUCUUUACAUAUUUUCAGGUUGUACUGGUAAAGUUAUAGACAGCGUCAUAGCUUCGCACGAAUUGAAGGAUUGUAACAUUAUAAAUGGACCAUUACAGAUCAACAUUAGACAGGGAGGUCAGAUCGCCAAGGAAUUAGAGGAGAACUUUGCACAGAUUGAAGAGAUCACCGAUUUUAUCAUCAUCAGUCACUCGGAAGCUCUAAUGUCACUUCAUUUCUUAAAGGGGCUGCGUAAAAUUGGCGGAGAGAAUUUGGCAUACCAAAAGUACGUCAUCUACGUUUACGACAAUCUCAAUCUUCAGGAACUUUUUCUAGACGAAGUUGCGCAAAAUCUUAAAAUAGGCAACGGGUCAGUCUUGUUUCAAUACAACCGGAAACUGUGUUACAAGAAAAUUACAAAGUUCAUUUCCUCGGUUGGUCUCGAUAUUUCAAAGAUUGACUCUGAAGAAGUGUCUUCAGAAAACAACGGGGAUCAAAUGCCAUGUGAGAUACAAAAUCUGACGCUAACGUUACACAACACAUCGCCACAUAUAGCAUUUGUAUCAUGGUCCCGAAUGCAGUUCACAGAUGAUAGGCUUUUUAUUGGUUAUUCAAUCAACUGGAAAGAGGCACCUCAGAAGAAUGUUUCCAUCUACAAAGGUCGAGACGCAUGCUCAGAUGACAUAUGGCAGAGUAAAGAUGUGUGCACUGGACUGUCUCAUCCAAAUCAAUGUUCUACACUGGACUAUAUCGUUGGGCUCGAGCCCUGGACCCAGUAUGCAGCCUACGUGAAAGCAUUGACAGUUUCCAAAUCGGUUCAAGGUGGUAUCAGUGACGUAAUCUACUUCCGCACAGAUGCUGAAGUCCCGACACCACCUGUCAACCUCAAGGUCAUAGCUAAGGUACCCGGUGAACUAGAAGUGACCUGGGGCCCACCGGAUAAGCCCAAUGGAAAUGUGACACAUUAUGAAAUAUACUGGCAGAAACAAAAGUUUGACCAAUCAGAAUAUGAGCUCAGGAAUUACUGUUCACAACCUUUGACAAUGACCAUGAGUACAAGAGAGAAAGAAGAAAAAGAAUUAAAAGAAAAAGAAGAAGAGAAAAAGAACUCAACUAGGGACGGCUUUUGUUGUGCGUGCCCCAAAUCGGAAACCCAGCAAAAGAAAGAAGAAAGGGAGAGAAAUCUUGGCAUACAGUUCCAGGACAAUCUCCAAAACCAGGUCUACAUUAAAAGGUUGACCAUCGCAGCUACCACUAUCUUACCUAGUGCCGCCACAGUUUCCAGAUACCUCCUCGGCCCAUACACAGAAUCCUCAAAGAAAUCUAUUGCCAAAUUACAUCAGGUCAAGAAGUACAAACAAAGCAAUAACCCCCAGAAUCCCAAACAGUUACAAUGCCAGUCACCGGGCAAUGACCGCCAGAAACCGAUCUCCACAACUCUUGCACCAAAUGGUAAUAUUUCUGGGACUAACGUUUCCACGACUACACCUGUGGCUUCAGAGGAAGAUCAGAAAAUAGAUAUUAACGAUGAAAAUACAUUUUUAAAAGCAGAUGUGUACGAGAAGAGAAAGUUUAUUAUCACAGGUCUUGGACAUUUUGAAGUUUACAAUAUAGAGGUCACAGCAUGUCAUACACGUCCACCUGAUCCAAAAAAGGACAUGUUGUGUGGGAACCAGGCUCUUGGUUUUGGACGAACUUUACCAGAUGAUACUGCUGAUAGUAUUAACUCAAGUCUAGUUCAGGUGAUCGCACUUGCCAACCGGACAAGUGCUGUUCAUAUCAAAUGGAAGGACCCGCCAAAUCCUAAUGGACUCAUUCUUACUUAUGAUAUCGAAUAUAUGAAUCAAAAUAUUAACAAUGUGAAACCGACGUUGAUUUGUAUAACAUAUGCCCAAUAUAGAGACGAGGGUAAAGGAGGCCAUGUACUCGAUAAACUAGAACCCGGAAAUUAUACGUUCAAACUGCGAGCCACAUCACUUGCCGGCAAUGGUUCCUGGACAGACCCAGUCUACUUUAACAUUGAGGCCAAAGAAGAGGAGAGCAGUAACACUCAGAUGGUUAUAGCUGUCAGCAUAACAUGUGUCCUAGCUAUUCCAAUUGCUGUAAUUAUAGUCUGGUUCAUCGCAAGAAGGAAGUACGUUAAAUUGGCGCGUGGUGGUGUUUUGAUUUCAACCAAUCCUGAUUACCCUGAAAUGGCGUACUAUAUUUAUGAACCAGAUGAGUGGGAAGUUAAGAGAGACAAUGUCCAGUUGAUAAAAGAUCUGGGUCAAGGUUCAUUUGGUAUGGUGUACAUGGGCUUGGUUAAGAACCUAGUGUCGGGCAGCGAUGAUAUAAUUAAAGUAGCAGUGAAAACGACCAAUGAAAACAGCACGGAUCAUGAUCGAUACCAAUUUUUACAGGAGGCAUCCAUUAUGAAACAGUUUAGUUGUCAUCAUGUAGUGAAGCUUAUAGGUGUGGUAUCACAGGGUCAGCCCGCAUAUGUGUUGAUGGAACUGAUGUUAAACGGUGAUCUCAAACAUUUCCUUAGAUUACAUCGUCCGGAUGAGGAGGAAAACGAUGGACGUCAGCCGCCAACAUUAAAACAAAUUCUACAGAUGGCUGGGGAGAUUGCCGAUGGUAUGGCGUACUUAGCUGAUAAAAAAUUUGUACAUAGAGAUCUGGCAGCUAGAAACUGUAUGGUAGGGGAGGAUAUGACUGUAAAAAUAGGAGAUUUUGGAAUGACUCGUGACAUUUACGAGACAGAUUAUUAUAGAAAGGGAAGUCGCGGGUUGUUACCUGUAAGAUGGAUGCCACCAGAAUCUCUCAAAGACGGAGUGUUCACCAGCUUAACAGAUGUCUGGUCAUACGGAGUUGUGCUUUGGGAGAUGGCAACAUUAGCCGCCCAGCCUUACCAAGGCUUAUCUAAUGAACAGGUUUUAAAAUAUGUGGGCUCUGGCAAAAUUAUGGAUGCCCCAGAGGGAUGUCCUACUAAAUUAUACGAUUUGAUGGUAAAGUGUUGGAGAUACAGACCAAAACAAAGACCGACAUUCAAAGAAAUCAUUGAACUGUUAUUACCGGACUUAGAUCCGAGUUUCAGAGACUGCUCGUAUUUCUUCAGUGAAGAAAGUGCGAAGUACGAGGAGGUGAAGCACACGACCGGAGCCUCACACAAUCAUCACAGUCAUGACGAUGAUAAUUUUGAUUCCAUUGAUAAAGACGAUGAAGACGAUAUGCAAAGGCCUAUGAAUGAUUACGUUGACGAAGCAAAUCUACCGAUGUUAGGUGUCGGUGCCUCAAAUGGGCACGAUUUAGAAUUGCAGGAUAUUUGUAGUGAUAUUGGAACGUACCCACAUCUUAGUUCUUGUAGCUCCCAUAACAGAAAUAAUGACUGUUCUGGGGAGAUUUGUGAUUGUAAUAUGUUCAGAGAGCAUGCGGGGGCAGCUGGGCAGUCUCUUGUAGAUAUAUAUAAACGUAAUAACUGUCCAAGUCCUAAUUCUAGUGCUAAAGGUGGCUCAAGUGAUGGUAGUAAAGAAAGUAGUAAAAGUUCGAGCAGCAGUUACGCGCAUAUGAAUGGACUGAGUGUGGCUAACGGGCAUGUACCGUUACACUUACAGCGGACUACUCCGUGCUAGCAUAAGUACCCUCUCUCAUAAAGGCACGGAUUGGAGAUUACAGUAGAUGGUUAAUAUGAAGGAGCCCGGUGAUAAAGGAAAUUGAAAUUACUUGAUUUCAAGCAAGUUUGAAGAUGUCUUUCAUAGGUUGAAUUUGCGAAAUUGAAGCAAACACGUUCAGCUUGGAGAGGCUGGAGAAUAUGAAGUACUGGCAAACUACGGACAGAGUAUGUUUGAAAAUGUCCUCAUAUUUACUUGUUUACUAACUUACAACACACACAUAGGAGUAUACUUAUAAUGUCCUCACAUUUAUUUUAUUUUUACAAACUUACGACAUACAUGAAUUCAUGGAACAAAUGCCAGAUACGCUGUAUGAAUGGGAUCUGUUUUAAGAAAAAAUCUAUUUUUAAACCAUAAUGGAAUCUAGUUCAGUACCCAUACAGCUUCAGUUUCAAGACAACAUGUGUUACUGUGUUGUUUCUGUUCAAUGUUAUAUGCAUAUGGUUGAGAUGUGUUCAGGUCAACACUGUGUAUACAUAUAAGUCACGUGUUGUGUUGAUUACAAAAUGUAUGUGAAUCACACGUGUUGCAGUAAAUAUUCAAAGCCAAUAGUGUUUAUACAUAUAAGUCACAUGUGUUGUGUUGAUUACAAAACGUAUUUGAAUCGUACGUGUUGCAGUAAAUAUUCAAAGCCAAUACUGUGUAUUCAUAAAAGUCACGCGUGUUGUGUUGACUACAAAACGUAUGUGAAUCGCACAUGUUGCAGUAAAUAUUCAAAGCCAAUACUGUGUAUACAUAUAAGUCACAUGUGUUGUGUUGAUAAAACUUAGUGUAUGUAAAUCACGCGUGUUGCUGUGACAUUACAGGCCGCUUAAUUAAUGAACUUACGCUUAUCGUGAUAAAAUUUCUAAGCUGAAAUAAUGCGCGUAAAUCAUUCUUUACCUAUCAGGAAAAGUGCAGUUUCUUAUGUGGGGAAAACAAAUCUUUGUGGACAAUACGGAUAUGGUGGUGUCUAGUGAGAGGGGAGGUAAUUGAGAAAAAUAUAAACAGUCGUGGACUGGUCGUGUUUCCAUAAUGUGAUAGUCUGACAAUCUCUCCAUUGUUUAAUUUGUCAUUUCUCGACAUCUAUAUUGUCAACAAACAAUAAGUUAAAUUAAUAAUUAUAAAUAGUUGUUAUGCAUACUUAUAUUCAUAAAAAAAGUUGAAUUUUUCUUUGAAAUUUUAAGAUAUUUAUUUGUGCGUGUGUGUUUUUCUUGGUUGAUGGAAAGAAGAUAUGUUUGUUGUAUUAAUGGAUCAAUUGAAUAGAUGUGAAAAUGAUUCUUCUAGUCAUGGAACUUUUGAGUGAAAUUAUAUUAAAAUCUGAAAAUUUGAUUUUUUCAGGAAUUGAAAAUUAAGGAAAACAGGUUGAGUGACUGUGAUGUUAUGUUAUAUUUAUGAUAAAAGAUACCCUUUAAAGCUUUAUGCCUUUAUAUUGGUGUCUGAUUUUCUUUACUUCUACCUGCUAGAAAGUACCCUGUCACUAACAGAAUGAAAACUUGUAGAGGUAGGGAUAUUUCAAAGAGAAUUCAAUGCUUGAAAUUAAUUAUGUUUGUUUGUGUAUUUUCUGAAAUGUUUGUGAUACAGUUUAAGAAAUAUUUAUCAAGAUUUUACAUUAAGAUCAAAGCACACAGGUAAAUCGGUUAAACAAAAACAA